AUGGCGUCGCCGAAGUUAAUGACUAGUUUCCUAGGUAGCUCUUCGUCGACAGGGAUCUCGCAAGAUCCACUGGAAUGUCAUGUCGUCGUAUUCUUGACAGUCAUAUCCGCACUAAUAUCUCGACCGUCGAUCUCAGUGAUGAUCACGCCGCAAACUCCCCUGGAGCGUCUCCAACAGACGCUGCAGCAUGUCCAUCAUCAAAGCGCGCCGCCAGCAUCAAAACAACUCUCGAUCGUCCAUGGGCCGACGGAGCCGGAAUUGCUUGACAUCACCCUGGGAGAACUCCUGACCUUGCAAAGCCUGCAGUACCGACAUCAGGAAUGCCUGGUGGUGCCCUGGACAGGGACAAGAUGGACAUACGGAGACCUGGACCAUGAGAGCCAGCUCGUCGCGAGAGGUCUGUUGGCGAUGGGCGUUCAAAGAGGAGAUCGCAUAGGGAUCAUGGCUGGGAAUUGCGAGCAGUAUGUCUCCAUGUUUUUCGCUGCAGCGCGUGUUGGAGUCAUCCUCGUGGUCCUCAACAACACCUAUACUCCGUCAGAGGUAUACUAUGCGUUGAACCAUACAGAAUGCAAAUUCCUCUUCAUAACACCCAAAAUUGGCCGCCACUCCAUUGUCGAGGUUCUCGAGACACUGGGCCCUCUUCCCAAAACGAAUGGAAAAUCCGAAUCGCUGGAAGAGAUAUUGAUUCUCAGGGGAGAGUAUUCCGGUUUCAAAACCUACAACGAUGUGAUCAAGAGGGGGCUUGAAAUGCCUGCAGACGCACUGCUAAACCGAGAAGACGAACUGAAUCCCCAUGAUGUCUGCAAUCUGCAAUUCACGAGCGGCUCGACAGGAAAUCCCAAGGCUGCGAUGUUGACGCAUCACAACCUCGUGAACAAUUCUCGAUUCAUCGGCGACCGCAUGAACUUCACGCAAUUCGAUAUUCUGUGCUGCCCGCCGCCGCUCUUCCACUGCUUCGGGCUUGUCCUCGGCCUGUUGGCUGUCAUCACCCACGGAGCCAAAAUCGUCUAUCCGGGCGAGACGUUCGACCCAAAGGCAGUACUUCACGCCAUAUCAGACGAGCGAUGUACCGCUCUCCACGGCGUGCCCACCAUGUUUGAGGCCAUCCUGAGUCUUCCCCGGCCGGACAAUUUUGACUGCUCGAACCUGCGGACCGGGAUCAUCGCGGGCGCACCCGUGCCACGACCGCUGAUGAAGCGGCUCCUGGAGGAGCUCAACAUGACGGAAUUUACCAGCAGCUACGGCCUCACAGAAGCCUCACCCACCUGCUUCAACGCCGUGACCACCGACACCAUCCACACGCGCCUCACGACAGUGGGCAAAGUCAUGCCGCACGCGCACGCGAAAAUCGUCGAUUCAAAGGGAAACAUCGUCCCCGUUGGCCAGCGCGGCGAGCUCUGCAUGGCCGGCUACCAAUUGACAAAGGGAUACUGGAAGAAUCCAGAAAAGACGGCCGAAGCGCUGGUCACGGACGAGAACGGCGUGACCUGGCUGCGCACGGGAGACGAGGCAUGCUUUGAUUCGCAGGGUCGGUGCACCAUCACGGGGCGGUUCAAGGAUAUCAUCAUUCGAGGCGGUGAAAACAUCUACCCCCUCGAGAUCGAAGAACGACUGGCCGCCCACCCAGCCGUGUCCCUGGCAUCCGUGAUCGGAAUCCCCGACCCGAAAUACGGCGAAGUCGUCGGGGCCUUCAUCCAGCUGGAGCAGCAGCACGCACGGCCAUCAGACGAGGAACUCCGGGCCUGGACUCGUCAGAAGCUGGGCUACCACAAGGCGCCGCAGUACAUCUUCGUCUUUGGCGAGGAGGGCGUCAGCAGCACGGUGCCUGUCACGGGCAGUGGGAAGGUGCGGAAAGUGGAUCUGAGGGAGAUGGCAGCGAAGGUGCUAGAGGAUCGGAAGCGGAAGAUGAAGGAGGGAUCGGGCAUGUAA